UAUGAAUCCGUCCGUCAUAAUGACUUUGGGUUCCGCUUUAACUGUACGAGCACGGUGCUGCCGCUCCAACAUGUCUAAACAUCGUUUGUAGCUGGCUACACUUGGAAUAAAAAAAACAUGUCAGGGAUGUUGAAGAAUCGUCGGACAUUUUGUGUUGUAAUUUUUAUCCUGUGUCAGUCAAGCGUCGUGACAUUUUUGCCAGUGGCAUCGCUAGAGCAUGACGACCUGGUGCUGGCAGAAGAACCCGACUCGGAAGGCAGACCCAAAUUAAUGGAGUCAGCGGAAGCGAGAGUAACCAAGAGACAGUUCAAGACGGCAGAGAUCGCCGACGCCGUGAUGGGCACCGAGACCCCCAUCGACCCGUCUGACAUCGAGUCGCUCUUCCCUAAAAAUUUGAAAGACUUCCCGUCGGCCUUCUCGCCGCCUUGUGACGACGGGGAGUGUGCGGUGGUCGCCGAGGACGAGGAGAGUGCUGAAGCCUUCCAGCAGGUAACACUGGACAUGGUGCACGCCCCUGCUGAAGACAAGAACACAGAGGCCGCCAAGACCUACAAGAUCACCUGUGACAAGAGGAACAUCACGGCCAUGGACACCUUCAUCGUGCAGGUCCUCAACGCCUCACAGGACUUGAUGGACUUCCUCAACGCAAACGGCACCGAGUGUUCCGUGGUGCUCUUCUUCACCGCCUGGUGCCAGUUCUCCGCCAGCCUGGCGCCUCACUUCAACGCCCUGCCUCGCCUUUUUCCCAGCAUGCACUUCCUAGCCCUGGAUGCCUCGCAGCACAGCAGCCUGUCCACCAGAUUUGGGACUGUGGCGGUACCCAACAUCCUCCUCUUCCAAGGAGCCAAACCCAUGGCUCGCUUCAACCACACCGACAGAACCCUGGACAUGCUCUCCUCCUUCAUCACCAACCAGACAGGCUUGGAGGCGGGGCUAGAGAGGAACGUGACUGACGCCGACCGCCUGGGUCCGCUGCGCAGCGUGCCGGUGCAGAGCAUCGACUGGCUGCUGGUCUUCUCCGUGCUCUUCAUCACGUCCUUCACCGUGUACGGCAUCCUGAGGACCGACAGCAUCCGGUGGCUCAUCCCGGGCCAAGAGCACGAGCAUCAGGACUGAAACACUGCCACCGGAUCUGUAUGGUUGUUCAUCUGAUCAUGACUAGAGAUGUCCGAUAAAUGCUUUAAAAUGUAAUAUCGGAAAUUAUCGGUAUCAUUUUUUUUAUUAUCGGUAUCGUUUUUUGUUUGUUUUGUUUUUUGAAAAUUAAAUCAACAUAAAAAACACAAGAUACACUUACACUUACAAUUAGUGCACCAACCCAAAAAACCUCCCUCCCCCAUUUACACUCAUUCACACAAAAGGGUUGUUUCUUUCUGUUAUUGAUAUUCUGGUUCCUACAUUAUAUAUCAAUAUAUAUCAAUACAGUCUGCAAGGGAUACAGUCCGUAAGCACACAUGAUUGUGCGUGCUGCUGGUCCACUAAUAGUACUAACCUUUAACAGUUCAUUUUACUCAUUUUCAUUAAUUACUAGUUUCUAUGUAACUGUUUUUGUAUUGUUUUAGAAAAUGUUUUUAAUUUAUUUAUCUUAUUUUAUUUUAUUAAUUUAAAAAAAAGGGCCUUCGCCAUACCUGGUUGUCCAAUUUAGGCAUAAUAAUGUGUUAAUUCCACGACUGUAUAUAUUGGUAUUGGUUGAUAUCGGUAUCGGUAAUUAAGAGUUGGACAAUAUCGGGAUAUCGGCAAAAAAGCCAUUAUCGGACAUCCCUAAUCAUGACACAUUCAUUUUUUUUAUUAAAGAUGAGGAGCUGAUCUUGGCAAUAAGUCAGUUUUUGUUGUGUUGAUUAUCUACAGCAAAGACUUUGAUGCUGACAGUAAAGAAAACUGCAUGAAAAUCUGUCGAAAAAUUAGCUAGUUAAGAUCUAAUUUUACUUGGCCCCCACCAAGAUGGCCGCCACAUAGCCGUGCCAACGCUGAUGUAUCUAAUCUUUUAUACUGUAUGCAAUAUGAAUCUUAUGUCUUAGACUGCAACAAGCUUGCAACGAGGAAGUGCACUUUUUAAUCAGGCAGUGAGGUGAACAGCAACAAAGAAGAAUGAGAACAAAUCAGGAAAACAGGACAAUGCUGUGAACAUAGAUAUGAAGAAAAUAUACCAUUAAAUGUUUUGACUUUGACCGUAGAGAAAACUGAAAAAAAUGUUGAGAAACGAGUGAAAUAAGACGCGGGAAAACAGGACACUUAAAUCAAAUGUCUGUCCAUAGCACAUUUUUUGACGUUAACAGUAGAGAAAACGGCAUUAAAAUCUGUUGAGGAAUGAGCUGGUUAUGAUUUGUUUUCAUUAUACAUGCAUUACCUUGAAUGGAACUUGGCCCCCACCAAGAUGGCCGCCACGUUACUAUGGCAGCUACAGCGUGCUGACGUAACUAGUCUUCCAAUGCAGUGUUUUUCAACCUUUUUUGAGCCAAGGCACAUUUUUUGCGUUGAAAAAAUCCGGAGGCACACCACCAGCAGAAAUCAUCAAGAAAUUAAAUUCAGUUGAC